AGCAUUCCUGGAUUUGUCUGAGGUAAGUGUUGUAUCGGAGGAUGGCUCUCCGUCUUUUUGCGAUUUAAAUACUUUUUUUUUUGUCCCAAAGUCCGGCUACCUCAUCAGUUUUAUCAGCAAAACUAUUUUUUGACCGUUAUCUGGAUUUCCGCCGCCAAAUAUUCGCUUUUCUCUAAUGUUUCUUUGUGCUGUUGUUUCGUUUCAGGUCUGAGUCAGUCUCAGUGAAGAUCUGGCGUCGAGGAUUUUUCAACUGUGUACGAAGAUCAAACCCCAAAAAACUCAAUUUUUCUACUCGAGUAACGGACAUUCGCUUCACUGCUUUUUUGCUCCAGAUUGUUCAAGAAGGAAAAGCUCAAUUUCAGCCACCACAAUCCCGCCCAUUAUGCCAUUUUUCAGCCAAUAAUGCUAAAGUCAUGACAGUUUACGUUCUCUUAAACUGUUAAAAAGCUGAAAUUUGUUGCUGUUAAGCACAAUAUAUUAAUAGCAACCCGAGACGCAGAGGAGAGGUAUUAAUAUAAGCAGUUAUGGCCGUGGGCCCGGUGGACCCCAGAGAGGUGCUGAAAGGCGUGGAAGCUUUGCUGGGGAAGGAUGGAGAGCUACGUAGUCUUGAGGGAGUUGCUAAAGUCUUCAGUCUCAUGAAGGCCUCGCAUAAAAUGGUCAGCAGAUGCAUGUAUCUGAACAUCUUGCUACAGACAAAAUCACAUGAUGUACUUAAUCGAUUCAUUCGAGUUGGUGGCUACAAGUUGUUGAACUCAUGGCUCACCUACUCAAAGACUACCACCAACACCCCCCUGCUGCAACUCAUACUGCUCACUUUGCAGAAACUCCCUCUAACUGUGGACCACCUCAAACAGAACAACACAGCCAAGCUGGUGAAACAUCUGAGCAAGAGUGGUGAGACAGAAGAGCUGAGGAAGCUGGCGUCAGUGCUGGUGGAUGGCUGGAUGGCUAUUAUACGCUCUCAGAGCGUCGCCAGUGGAGCGUCACCCAAUGACAAGAAACGGAAAAAGGAGGACGGAAAAGUGCGUCCAGAGGUGAAGCCCAGAGAAAAGGGAGCAGAUGAGGAGAAGAAGAAAGACAAACCAAAAGCUUAUGCUCCAAGUCACGCAAAGAUCCGUUCUACGGGUUUGGAGGUUGAGAGCCCAGCUCCAGUUCCUGUAAAGAAGACCCCCACUGCACCCCAAUUGGGAGACAAAUACAACAUCAAGCCAGCUAUGCUUAAAAGACCAUGCACAUCGCCGAAUGACGCACCACCAGUGGAGAAGAAGUACAAGCCGCUUAACACCACCCCCAACUCUACCAAAGAGAUCAAAGUCAAAAUUAUACCCGCACAGCCGAUGGAGGCCACUGGAUUUCUGGAUGCUCUCAACUCCGCUCCAGUGCCUGGCAUCAAGAUCAAGAAAAAGAAACCAAAAGCAGUUUCCCCUACCACUAAUAAGCCCUGUCCAUUUGAUGGCAGGCCACAGUCAUACUCGGGCACACAGGCCAAACCGUCUUCCCCUGAGACUCCUUCAUCUCAGACCCCUCCUCAUGAGAACCAAGACCUAGAGCAGCCCGGCACACCCGUGCCCACCGAGGACCCUGAAGCCAUGGAUACUAGUGAUAAACCCAAUGCUUUGGCUGAACCUCGUGGCGAGGAGGAGAGUCUGACUAAGAAAGGAAAGAAAAAGAAAAGCGUUCGGUGGGCGGAAGAGGAUCAUCUCAAAGAGUACUUCUACUUUGACCUGGAUGAGACAGAGAGAGUGAAUGUCAAUAAAAUUAAGGACUUCGGCGAGGCGGCUAAACGGGAGCUGAUGAUGGACAGGCAUACGUUUGAAAUGGCUCGUCGUCUUUCUCACGACACCAUGGAGGAGAGGGUGCCCUGGACUCCACCGCGACCUUUGACCCUCAUAGGCAGCCUGGUCAUUCCAGGUGCAACUAGCAGAGAGAAAAUGAUCCAGAGAGACCGAGAGAUGGGCAUUCUGCAGGAGAUCUUCCUCAGCAAGGAGAGUGUUCCAGACAGUCCUCACGAGCCAGACCCUGAGCCGUAUGAGCCCAUGCCGCCUCGUCUCAUCCCACUGGAUGAGGACUGCAGUAUGAUGGAGGAGAAUUACAUGGAGUCCGCUGACACAGCUGCCUCUGGCUCUUCUGGCUCUAAUGAAGGCUCCAAGCUCCCUCCUGUUCUAGCCAACCUCAUGGGCAGCCUGGGCAGCAGCGGCCGCAGCCCUCAGGCGCAAGGCAGCGCCCCACCAGUGACUAAUAACCCCGCUGUUAAUGUCCAGGAACUACUCACAUCUAUUAUGGGUGCUCAGGGAUCUAACCAGUCUCCAGAGGACCUGAUCAAACAGCCUGAUUUCUCUGAUAAGAUCAAGCAGCUUUUGGGCUCUCUGCAACAGAACCAGAACCAGAAUCAGAACCCGCCUCCCAAUGCUCCACCAAUGAACACCGGUCUGCUUGGUCAUGGCCCUGGCGUGAACAUGAACAACAUGAACAACAUGCAGAUGCCAAUGAAUGGAGGUUUUCCUCCCAACAAGCCACCUGGACCACAUUUCAACCAUCCUCCACCUCCUCCUCCCCACGGCCAUGGCCCACCACCGUUCAACCCUGGCGGCCCACGUAUGAUGGGUCCCCCGCCCGGUCCACAGGGCCGUGGUGCGGACAACGGCAAUUACUGGGGUGACGACUCCAUGAGAGGAGGUCCACACCGAGGAGGUCACUUCCACCGGGGGCGAGGGAGAGGAGGAGAUCCUGGAUUCAGAGGACGAGGGGGACGCGGAGGACCACGUGGAGGACAUAACAGCAUGGGUGACAUGUCAAAGAGGCCAGUGUGUCGCCAUUUCAUGAUGAAAGGAAACUGUCGGUAUGAAAAUAAUUGUGCGUUUUACCACCCUGGUGUGAAUGGACCACCUCUUCCUCCCCAGCACGGACACUAACGCACUGAAAAGCUCCAAUUCCUUGAACUCGCCACUAGUGGGCAACAGGACUCAAAAUGAGCCUCGUGUACAGGGACUGAACCUGACUCAAAGAAACAGUACGAUGUGGAGGGGGAUGUUUGCGUCUGUGACAGCACAAUCCCAUCUGCUUCCUCCGCCUGUACAGUUGCUUCAUCAGGAUCUGAACAUAAACAGUUUCUUCUCGAUUCUACACCACUUUUCCUGAUCUGGAAAGCUGGGAGAAGAUCUGAAAUCCUCUAUGAAGAGUCAGACAGUGACUAAACCCAUUACUUGACUUUGGGGCCUACAUGUAAAUACUAAUUCCUAGAGAUGGUGAUUCAUAUGUAUAUUUUUUAUUGUGAUUCAGUGUACCACUGACCUGACUGCUAAAGAUUGUACUACAUUGCUCUGUAACCACUAGGACAAGGUGUAAAUAAUCGUCUUCACUCGGUGGUGUACAGUUACUUCAGCUUCUCCUGGUGCCCAAAACCCCAAGAUACUGAUGUGCAGUUUUCCAAAUUAUAAUUUGCACAUCAGUAUAAUGAAAUUGACAAGUUAUUAGAGCACAGAAAUGUUAUUUUAAGAUUCAUCUGGUUGAAUUCGGUCCAUCUGAUGUUUAAUGAUGGCGAAUUGUUUGUUUUAUUUUCAGGUUUCUAUAGAAGAGGGAGAAACCAUCCUUCUAUGAAAUGUGUACAUGCUUCAAAAUUUACUGGUUUUCAGUCAUGAAAAGAGCCUUAAGUCAUUUUCACACUUGGUCCUUCUUUUUUCAAGGAUUUUCAGUUUCAAAAAACGCCUGACCGAUACUUGUCUAUAUAUUGCAGCACUAAAUUGUAUUUAUGAAUUGGCAUUAUGUUCACUGUAUGCCCCAAUUGAAAAUAUUGUACACGUGAGGGGUUAAUACUAUUCAGAAACGUUACCUUUUGCGUCUGGGCACAAAAUACAACGUCUUCGAAGUCCCUUUUGCAUACUUGAAUUGAUACCUUGUGAUGGAAAGUGAUCCUAGCCUGCUAAAGAAAUAUCAACCAGUUGUUCUUUGUAGUGUGACAAUCAGGAGAAGUAGUUGUGAUUAUUUCCUACUUGAUGUUGAUGCUCUCAUUUGAUUUGCUGUGUGCGUUGAUGUUCUCAUGCUGUCAGACCCUCAGUCCAGCUCGGACUCGUGUGGGUCUGUCCUGCUCUAUCAGUGUUCAACUGAGCCUAAAAUGGGCUACAAACCACUAUCAAGGCCAAACUUAUUCAAGUGUUUUCUGUGAAAACAGUGGCCAUUGUCUCUUUUGGGACUCGAUUUUUCUUCUUUUUUUUUUUGGUUUGAUUCACUAUUCUCCCAUGGUUUUAUUUUGAUACAAGUCGGAUGAUUUUUUUUUUUUUUUUUUUGUAUUAUUAUUUGAAAUAUGUCUAUGUGUCAGAGCGCCGCAUAAACAAUAAAAGGCACAUUCAGAAAUGUAAGGUUUUUUUCUACAUGUAAAUUAAUAAACGUUAAAAAAAAAAAAUCACCAGAAUGUGCAGUUCUUUCUGAAAUUAACUUUUUAUUUUCAGUCUUCCGACUCACAUUAGACUGUAUACACAUAUAAUCGCCACUCUCGCUCAGUUCCGGUUUGCUCUUUUAACCUCUAAAUGCUUCAUUGUUUGUGCAUCUCAAACAGGGUUACGUUAGAAUUCUAGACAAUUGCACCGAAUUACUCCUCCCCCCACAUGUCAAUCCAGUCAAAUCGCUAACAGACCUCUGCCGGUGCGUUUGCCUUCCUGCCUGACAGAUCCGUGUUCUCAGGGCGGAAUCGGGUGCAGAUGGCCACUAUAGUGUGUAUGACAAGGAGUGGCCUGUGGACCCAGCCCUCAAGGGCAAAUAUUGACUUUUUCAUAGAAUUUCUGCCUGCAUGCAAAGUGGAAGAAGAAUAAAUUAGAGUUAAGGACACCUCAGCAAUUCAUUCAUUCUUUGUAAUAUUCAUUUCAUGUUCCCUGAGGAACCGUACAGGAAAAUUGUCAAUAAAUAAAUAAAUAUAUACA